GUGAAGUGUGUGUGUGUGUGUGUGUGUGUGUGUAUGUGUGUGUGUGUGUGUGUGUGUGUGUGUGUAAGAAUCACACAGUACAUACUAAAAAAAGUCUUUUUACAUCAUUACACUUGGACUUGUCAUUAUUAGUGGUUACAGCUACAAAACACUGGGUUAUCAACAGAAUGGUAAUUCUCAUCUCUUCUGCACCUGCACUCAAAGCAGGCGUAUCGACCAGAUAUGCUUAAUCUCAUACUUGACUCACAUCUUAUACUCAAAAUCAAAUGUGUUAAUGCAAAGGUUGCUGGGCGCUUUGCUGGUGUGAAUGAUGACGUAAAGUGAUUGUGCCUCCUCAUCUGAAUUAUCUUGCAGAACCAAAUAGUUUGUUUAUAAAAUCCCAGUCAAGACUGAUAUGCCUGUCAGACUAAUUGUCCACCUCAUUCAGUUGGCAUGCUUUUUAUGAUACCCCACAGAAAAGAAAUUACUGUUCUGUGACUAAUUCACAUGUAUAGAAACUUGUAUAUUUUGGCAAUAAAAUGUACAUCUAAUGGUCUAUCUGUGUGGUGCAAGGUUACCAUGACUUAGUCCUUUUACGCCAUCUCGUGGUUGUUUUGUAAUACUACCACAUGUAGUUACUUAGAAUAAGUACUGACCGAUAUUUGUGUCAUGAAAUAAUACAGCUUUCGCUCGUUUAGUAGCGAAUAUUGCGUCCUGUAUAUUCCAGCAUCGUUCGAGGCCGAACUGAACAAUAGUUGGAGAUGUUUUUAUUUUGUAGAUAGCGCUCAUCGCUUUGCUCUGACUGACUAGCCUGCCGACCGAGAGAGAAGGCUGCUUUAGCAGCCAGUCAAGAUGGACACCGCCGAGGAAGCGGACAUAUGCCGGGUAUGUCGGUCGGAAGGGACCCAGGACAAGCCUCUCUUCCACCCCUGUGUCUGUACCGGCAGCAUCAAAUUCAUCCAUCAGGAAUGCUUGCUGCAGUGGCUUAAACACAGCAGAAAAGAAUACUGUGAAUUAUGCAAACACAGAUUUGCAUUUACACCAAUCUACUCUCCAGACAUGCCAUCUCGCUUGCCGGUCCAGGACAUCUUUUCAGGGUUGGUCACCAGUAUUGGAACGGCCAUCAGAUACUGGUUCCACUACACACUGGUGGCCUUUGCCUGGCUGGGGGUGGUGCCCCUCACAGCAUGUCGCAUCUACAAGUGUUUGUUUACUGGCUCUGUGAGCUCUCUCCUUACCCUGCCAUUAGACAUGCUUUCAACACAGAACCUGCUUGCUGACUGCCUGCAGGGCUGCUUUGUGGUGACGUGCACACUCUGCGCCUUCAUCAGCCUCGUGUGGCUCAGAGAGCAGAUUGUCCAUGGUGGUGCUCCACAGUGGUUAGAGCAAAACCAGCAGCCACUGGUUCCCAACCAGCCCAAUGGCCCUGCACCCGCCAAUGAGGAUCCAGGUGGUAAUGCCGCAGUGAAUGGCCAGGCAGCUCCAGAAGGUGCAGCAGUGCAACCCCCUGCGAAUGGCGCAGAAAACGGCCCAGCAGCUGCUGACCAACAUGGAGCCAGACAGCAGGGAGAUGAGGCUGGCCUGGAAAAUGAUGAUGACGAAGAAGAAGAAGAGGAGGACGACGAUGAUGACGAGGAGGAGGAGGAAGGCAGGGAGGAGGAUCCUGCUGACGGCAACAAUGGAGGACAGGAAGAUUUGAACUGGAAUGCCUUGGAAUGGGACCGUGCGGCAGAGGAGCUGACCUGGGAGAGGAUGCUGGGUUUGGAUGGCUCCCUAGUUUUCCUGGAGCAUGUCUUCUGGGUGGUGUCUCUCAACACUCUCUUCAUUUUGGUGUUUGCUUUUUGCCCAUAUCACAUUGGCCAUUUCUCAGUUGUUGGACUCGGCUUUGAGGAAUAUAUUAGAGCAUCCCACUUUGAUGGUCUUAUCACCACCAUACUGGGCUACAUCCUCCUGGCUGGUGCUCUGAUAGUCUGCCAUGCGUUUGCUUCAUUGGUGAGAUUUCACCGGUCCAGACGCCUCCUUGGUGUCUGCUACAUUGUUGUGAAGGUUUCUUUGCUGGUUGUCAUGGAGAUAGGCCUGUUCCCACUGAUUUGCGGCUGGUGGCUUGACAUUUGCUCACUGGAGAUGUUUGAUGCCACUCUAAAAGACAGAGAGCAGAGUUUUGACUCAGCUCCUGGUACCACCAUGUUCCUGCACUGGCUGGUCGGCAUGGUCUACGUCUUCUACUUUGCCUCCUUCAUCCUUCUUCUCAGAGAGGUGCUCCGGCCCGGCGUGUUGUGGUUCCUGAGGAACCUGAAUGAUCCGGACUUCAAUCCAGUCCAAGAGAUGAUUCACCUCCCUGUCUACAGACACCUCCGGAGGUUUAUACUCUCUGUGGUGGUGUUUGGUUCCAUAGUUCUGCUGAUGCUUUGGCUUCCUAUCAGGAUCAUUAAAGUGCUUUUUCCAGCCUUUCUUCCUUACAAUGUCAUGCUGUACAGCGACGCCCCCGUCAGUGAGCUGUCACUGGAGCUGCUGUUGCUUCAGGUUGUUCUCCCGGCGUUGUUGGAACAGGGUCACACGCGACAGUGGCUCAAGCGUCUGGUCCAUGCCUGGACAUUCACCGCUGGAUACAUGCUUGACCUGCACUCCUACUUGCUGGGGGACCAUGAGGAUGACGACAACCAGCCAAACAACAACCCUCCCGGUCGCCAUAUCAACAACCGCAUCCCUGGUCUGGGGGAAGGGCUUCACGCUGCCCAUCAGGCCAUUCUGCAGCAGGGUGGGCCUGUGGGCUUCCAGCCCUACCACCGGCCUAUCAACUUCCCCCUUAAGAUCGUUCUGCUGGUUGUCUUUAUGUGCGUGACACUGUUGAUGGCUAGUCUGAUAUGCCUUACACUGCCAGUGUGCGUGGGUCGCUGGUUGAUGUCUUUCUGGAUGGGCAGUGCUACAGUCCAUGAGCUGUACACAGCAGCCAGUGGCCUGUAUGUGUGCUGGCUAUCCAUUCGAGCCGCCACGGUGCUGCUGGCCUGGAUGCCACAGGGGCGAACCGUCAUCAUGCUCAAAGUGCACGAGUGGACACUUAUGAUCCUGAAGACUGUGGUGGUGGCUGUGCUGUUAGCCGGGCUGAUUCCUUUGCUGUUGGGUCUGCUGUUUGAGGUGGUCAUUGUUGCUCCACUCAGAGUCCCACUGGACCAGACACCUCUGUUCUACCCCUGGCAGGACUGGGCUCUAGGUGUGCUCCAUGCUAAAAUCAUCGCUGCCAUAACACUCAUGGGCCCUCAGUGGUGGCUCAAAACUGUCAUCGAGCAGGUCUACGCUAAUGGCAUCCGAAACAUCGACCUCCAUUUCAUUGUGCGAAAGCUGGCUGCCCCUGUCAUUUGUGUUCUGCUGCUGUCUCUCUGUCUGCCCUACACCAUCUCCAAAAGCAUUGUUCCACUGCUGGGCGUGCAGCAGGAGAUGCAGACCCUGGUGGAGAGGAGGAUCUAUCCCUUCCUGCUGAUGGUGGUCAUACUGCUCGCCAUCCUGUCUUUCCAGAUACGACAGUUCAAACGCCUCUACGAGCACAUCAAGAAUGACAAAUACCUGGUUGGUCAGCGACUGGUGAACUAUGAACGCAAGACGGGCAGGAGUACCUCCUCAUCGUCCUACAGCACCUCAUCAUAGACCAGACACUGCUCUGGGGUCAGUGUAGCAGAGUCCCACUGUCACUCUGCCCAGCACCAGGAGCCAGCAACUCUGAUCUAGCAUCAGCUUACCCAUAAAGGUCAUUUUAACAUGUCUCCUUCCCACCCGGAUGUCUGUGUCAACUUUACACUUUGAAUCACAUCCUCCAAACUUUGAUGUUGCCCUCUAAGCUCCCCGCAUCACUCAGUUUGUGAGACAGACUUACAGAAAUACACUGCGGAGGGACAUUGUAAAAAUAGUUUCAAAACCCAUAUUUAAAAAAAAAAAAAUACAAAAAGCUAAAUGAAGUUGACAACCGACCUGCAAAAACUACCAGCUUGAUCAAAGCCCACCAAAACAAAGUUGAAGGACAUUGGUUUUAUGUCCAGCUACCGUUCUCAACUCUGCUGAUAUUUUACAUUGUUAUUAUAUUAUUUCACAAAGGGAUCAUUGAAGUCAGAGUAAUUGAGCAUAAUCUGUCCCUCAGUAUAUGUGCGUCCCCUUUGAAAAUUUGUUGUGAAAUACUUUGCAUUUGACACUAAGUGACUCUAAUCUAACAUUUCAGAGGUGAAUGUUUCCACUAUAAUGGGAGUGCCUCUCCCACUGGAGGUUUUGUCUCAGAUGACACUAAUAAUCAGAUUGAGGCUGCCAGUGCUAAGGAGGGACAUACAUCAUGAAGCAAUGUGAUUGUAUUUUUUUAAAGAUGUAUUUAUUAGCCAUGUUUUGAUUGAUUUUUAGUGUUACAUUUCUGAAGUGAGGUUUUUGGUAGCACAGGAAGCUUUUGAACUAAGGGAGAAGCUCAUAAAGAAUGAGAAAAAACGUUGAUUUUCAGUCUGGACUUGACCCAGGAUUUUUUUUCUCUUGUUUCAAAUGAUUUCCAGUGUAAGUUUUAAACUAGACUGGGCUAUGCUGGGCUGUGCUGAGCUUCUGGUGGCAGAUGGACACAUUUCAAGACAAGGGGAAUCCAUCUUGCAGAAGAAGUCAUCGAUAGCACACACCGAGCGAGGGCUCCCUAAACUAAAAACAUUUAAACUGGAAAAACCUUCAAGGACGAUUUCAGGAUGUGCACGCAUGCAAAUGUUACAUUUUCAAUGAGCUUUAGUUCAGGAUUUUUACACAUUUCAUCGCUCAAUAUAUUUCAUUCUCUGAAAGUGCUCAUUCCUGAGAAGCAUCUCAGCAUGCAAAGGUACAAAGUCAGCAUUACUCUGGUAGCUACUCCCACUGUUUGGCUUUUGCAGACAAAGUGUCAACCCCCUCAUCACUACUCCUGGAGAUUCUCCAAACAAAGUGCUGGAAAGAAUCGCUCCUUCCACUUUUUCUUAAGGACAGAUGCAAGAUUUUUAGAUGCUUUUCCUAUUCACUACACAUUCAGUAGGGAACAAAACCAUUAUUUGCACAAUAACAGCUCUGUCACUUACUGCUAUAUUGAGUAGCUUACAUGUGAUGUCGCUCAGUGCCAAGGAAUGUGAAUCUCUUAAAAACAAAACAAAAAAAGAACAUUUCAGAUGACAGGAAAGAGGGUUUAGUUAGUGAUGAGUGAUUAAUGUGGUGUGCUUCUAAAAAUCCUUAACCAUUUUUUGAAUUGUUUCUGGCUGCUAAUGUAAAUCAAAGUAAUCCUCUGAUGGGUUCUUCCUCCUAAAAUAUGAGACUUUUUUUUUUUUUUUUAAGAUAGCUUUUAAGUUCUUUUGAAGUGUGAAAGAUGCUUUUUGGCCAUGAUCAGCUAAUAGAGUAGAGGUAAAGUAUUUUUCAUGCGGUUUUCAAUAUGUUGCACUUUAUAAAGUCCGUUUGCAAUCUUUGCAGAAUCCACUGUAGUAUAGAUCAGAUAGAAGAGUUUAUCCCCCCCCCCGCCCCAUUUAAUCUGAAAGAUAUCAGUAUUUCACUGUGGUGACUCCCCACCGAUUUUACUAAUAGGUUUCACUUCACAUAUAGUUUUGCAUCUGUUUUUGACACUGUGUUUAUGCUCCAGGUGUUUGAUUAGGAGUUUGGUUACUAUGCUUUUCUACUGAUAAGGUUCGUGAAUCACAAUAUGUUAGUAGCGUAGGCAGCAGUGUUUAUUCACUGUUUCAAGAGUAUUUGGAAAAAUGUUGGCCACCUCUGAACUGCUCUAGUACUGCUGUGUGGAAUGCUGACAUGACAAACAUGAUGCUAUAAGUGACCUUUUAGUAUCCUCUUGGACACUUUUCAACUUUUUGGUCUUGUAUUACAAUUCCUAGAGGCAAAUGAUUCUAUUUUUAUAUGUGCACAUAAAUGCAGUGGCGUGUACUGUAACAUAAAGGUUUACUUUAAGGUCCAUCUGUUGUUGGUUCAGUAAAAUGAAACAGUAAUAAAUAGUCAUAACAGUUGGAA